AUGAACAGCAACAGCUACUACGAGCAGCCCCCGGCGGGCUACUACCCGGGCGAGGAGCACGAGGAGAUGCCGGCCACCGAGAAGGACCUGGCCGAGGACGCGCCCUGGAAGAAGAUCCAGCAGAACACCUUCACGCGCUGGUGCAACGAGCACCUCAAGUGCCUGAACCGGCGCAUCGGCGACCUGCAGAAGGACCUGAGCGACGGCCUCAAGCUCAUCGGGCUGCUGGAGGUGCUCAGCCAGAAGAAGAUGUACCGCAAGUACCACGCGCGCCCCAACUUCAGGCAGAUGAAGCUCGAGAACGUCUCCGUGGCGCUCGAGUUUCUCGACCGGGAGCACAUCAAGCUGGUCUCCAUCGACAGCAAGGCCAUCGUGGACGGGAACCUGAAGCUGAUCCUGGGCUUGAUCUGGACGCUGAUCCUGCACUACUCCAUCUCCAUGCCCAUGUGGGAAGACGAGGACGAGGAAGACGCCAAGAAGCAGACGCCCAAGCAGCGCCUCCUGGGCUGGAUCCAGAACAAAGUGCCCCAGCUGCCCAUCACCAACUUCAACCGCGACUGGCAGGACGGCAAAGCCCUGGGCGCCCUGGUGGACAACUGCGCUCCCGGCCUGUGCCCAGACUGGGAGACGUGGGACCCCAACCAGCCGGUGGAGAAUGCCCGGGAAGCGAUGCAGCAGGCGGACGACUGGCUGGGUGUGCCUCAGGUCAUUGCUCCCGAAGAGAUCGUGGACCCCAACGUGGAUGAGCACUCGGUCAUGACCUACCUGUCUCAGUUCCCCAAAGCCAAGCUGAAACCGGGAGCACCCCUGCGCUCUCAGCAGCUGAACCCCAAGAAAGCCAAGGCCUACGGCCCAGGCAUUGAGCCACACGGGAACACCGUGCUGAAACCAGCCCAUUUCACAGUGGAAACCAUCGAGGCUGGAUUGGGAGAGGUGCUGGUGUACAUCGAAGAUCCCGAAGGACACACGGAGGAGGCCAAAGUGGUCGCCAACAAUGAUAAGAAUCGGACGUAUUCCGUCUCCUACGUGCCGAAAGUGGCUGGCUUGCAUAAGGUCACCGUGCUCUUUGCUGGGCAGAAUAUUGACAAGAGUCCCUUCGAGGUCAACGUGGGCAUGGCGCUGGGCGAUGCCAACAAGGUGACUGCCCGUGGCCCGGGCCUGGAACCCGUGGGCAACGUAGCCAACAAGCCCACCUACUUUGACAUCUACACGGCAGGCGCGGGGACAGGCGACGUGGGCGUGGUGAUCGUGGAUCCCCAGGGCCGCCGCGACACCGUGGAGGUAGUGCUGGAAGAUAAAGGGGACAGCAUCUUCCGGUGCACUUACCGCCCCGUCUUGGAGGGACCGCAUACCAUCUACGUCACCUUUGCUGGAGCUCAGAUCCCCAAAAGCCCCUUCACUGUCAAUGUCGCGGAAGCGCCGCCUCCCCCACUUCCGCCCGGCGUCUCCCCCAUUCAGAUCAUCCCUCAGUCCGUCCGCACCCCGCCAGCCGAUAAGGCCAAGAAAAUCCCACCCCCCAUUCUUCCCAAGUCACGUAAACCAACCUGCAGCCCCAACGCCUGCCGGGCCAUGGGCCGGGGCCUCCAGCCAAAGGGCGUGCGCGUCAAGGAGGCGGCGGACUUCAAGGUCUACACCAAAGGAGCCGGCACGGGCGAGCUGAAGGUGGUGGUCAAGGGUCCAAAAGGCACCGAGGAGCCAGUGAAGGUCCGGGACGUUGGUGACGGGGUGUACGAAUGUGAAUACAACCCCACGGUGCCCGGGAAAUACGUGGUGUCCAUUACCUGGGGCGGUCAUGCCAUCCCGAGGAGUCCCUUUGAGGUGCAGGUGGGCCCUGAGGCCGGCACGCAGAAGGUCAGAGCCUGGGGGCCCGGCCUGGAGACCGGCAUGGUGGGCAAGUCAGCAGACUUUGUGGUCGAGGCGAUUGGCACGGAAGUGGGCACGCUGGGCUUCUCCAUCGAGGGCCCCUCACAGGCCAAGAUUGAGUGCGAUGACAAAGGGGACGGAUCCUGCGACGUCCGCUAUUGGCCCACCGAGCCGGGCGAGUACGCCGUGCACGUGAUCUGCGACGACGAGGACAUCAAGGACAGCCCCUUCAUUGCCCACAUCCUGCCUGCCACCAACGAGUACUUCCCAGAGAAGGUCAAAGCUUUUGGCCCUGGACUGGAGCCCACCGGCUGCAUCGUGAACAAGCCGGCAGAGUUCACCAUCGAUGCCCGGGGAGCGGGCAAGGCGGAGCUCAAGAUCUACGCCCAGGAUGCAGAAGGCGUCCCCAUUGACAUCAAGAUCAAGAACAACGGUGAUGGGACCUUCUCCUGUGUCUACGUCCCCACCAAGGCCAUCAAGCACACCAUCAUCAUCAGCUGGGGAGGCGUCAACGUCCCCAAGAGCCCCUUCCGGGUAAUGGUUGGCGAAGGCAGCCACCCGAACAAAGUCAAGGUGUACGGUCCUGGAGUUGAGAAGACAGGCUUGAAGGCCAAUGAGCCCACUUACUUCACAGUGGAUUGCAGCGAGGCGGGACAAGGGGACGUCAGCAUCGGCAUCAAGUGCGCCCCGGGCGUGGUGGGGCCGCUCGAAGCUGACAUCGAUUUCGACAUCAUCAAGAACGACAACGACACCUUCACCGUCAAAUACAUGCCUCCCGGCCCCGGGCGUUACACCAUCAUGGUGCUCUUUGCCAACCAGGAGAUUCCCAUCAGCCCUUUCCACAUCAAGGUGGACCCCUCCCACGAUGCCAGCAAGGUGAAGGCCGAGGGGCCUGGACUCAGCCGGACAGGUGUGGAGGUCGGGAAGCCCACCCACUUCACCGUCUUCACCAAGGGGGCCGGCAAAGCCAAGCUGGACGUGCACUUUGCCGGGGCCGCCAAGGGCGAGGUGGUGCGGGACUUCGAAAUCAUCGACAACCACGACUACUCCUACACCGUCAAGUACACGGCCGUGCAACAGGGUAACAUGGCCGUGACAGUGACAUACGGUGGAGACCCCAUUCCCAAGAGCCCCUUCCCGGUCAACGUGGCUCCACCCCUUGACCUCAGCAAGGUCAAAGUGCAAGGCCUCAACAGCAAGGUGGACGUGGGUCGCGACCAAGAAUUUGCCAUCAACACGAAGGGAGCCGGCGGCCAAGGGCAGGUGGACGUCAAGAUCAGCUCGCCUUCCCGCCGCCCCAUCCCCUGCAAGGUGGAAACGGGCACCACCAACGACAUCCACUCCGUGAAGUACAUGCCCCCCGAGGAGGGGCCCUACAAGGUGGACAUCACGUACGAUGGGCACCCUGUGCCGGGGAGCCCCUUCGCCGUGGAGGCCGUCAUGCCCCCCGACCCGUCCAAGGUUUGCGCCUACGGUCCCGGACUGAAGGGCGGUUUUGUGGGGAAGCCGGCGCCUUUCACCAUCGACACCAAAGGGGCCGGCACCGGCGGGCUGGGCCUGACCGUGGAGGGCCCCUGCGAGGCCAAGAUCGAGUGCCAGGACAACGGCGACGGCUCGUGCUCGGUCUCGUACCUGCCCACGGAGCCCGGCGAGUACGCCAUCAACAUCCUCUUUGCCGACGCGCACAUCCCCGGCUCGCCCUUCAAGGCGGACAUCCAGCCCGUCUUCGACCCGUCCAAGGUGACGGCCAGCGGGCCCGGCCUGGAGCACGGCAAGGUGGGCGAGGUGGCGACCUUCAUGGUGGACUGCUCCAAGGCGGGCGACGCCGAGCUCACCAUCGAGAUCAUCUCCGACUCCGGGGUCAAGGCCGAGGUGCUGAUCCAGAACAACAGCGACGGCACCUACAGCAUCACCUACAUCCCCUCCUUUCCCGGCACCUACACCAUCACCAUCAAGUAUGGCGGGCACCCCGUGCCCAAGUUCCCCGCCCGCGUCAACGUCGACCCCGCUGUGGACACCAGCAACGUCAAGGUCUUUGGGCCCGGAGUGGAGCCACGAGGUGUCCUGCGCGAGGUCACCACUGAGUUCACGGUGGACUCUCGCUCACUCACCAAGACCGGCGGCAGCCACGUCAAGGUGCGCGUCAUUAACCCCUCCGGCGCCAAGACGGACACGUACAUCACCGACAACGGAGACGGCACCUACCGCGUCCAGUACACGGCCUAUGAGGACGGUGUGCACCUCGUGGAAGUGACCUACGACGACGUGCCGGUGCCCAAGAGCCCCUUCCGGGUGGGGGUGACCGAGGGCUGCGACCCCAGCCGCGUCCGCGCCUACGGCCCCGGCCUCGAAGGCGGGCUGGUGAACAAAUCGAACCACUUCACCGUGGAGACCAGGGGGGCAGGAACCGGGGGUCUUGGCUUGGCCAUUGAAGGCCCCUCCGAGGCCAAAAUGUCAUGCAAGGAUAACAAAGACGGGAGCUGCAGCGUUGAGUACAUCCCCUUCACACCCGGCGACUAUGACGUCAACAUCACGUUCGGAGGGCGCCCCAUCCCCGGGAGCCCCUUCCGCGUUCCUGUCAAAGACGUGGUGGAUCCCAGCAAGGUGAAGUGCUCCGGCCCUGGGCUGGGGGCUGGCGUGAGAGCGCGUGUCCCUCAGACCUUCACGGUCGACUGCAGCAAGGCCGGCGUUGCCCCUCUGGAGGUGAAAGUCUUGGGACCCACAGGGGUGGCUGAGCCGGUGGAGGUGCGCGACAAGGGAGACGGCACACACACCGUGAACUACACCCCGGCCACGGACGGGCCGUACACCGCCUCCGUCAAGUAUGCCGGGCAAGAAGUGCCCCGCAGCCCGUUUAAGGUCAAGGUCCUCCCGGCCCACGACGCCAGCAAAGUGCGAGCCAGCGGGCCAGGCCUCAACGCCUCCGGCAUCCCCGCCAGCCUGCCGGUGGAGUUCACCAUUGACGCCCGCGAUGCCGGCGAGGGGCUGCUCACCGUGCAGAUCCUGGACCCCGAGGGCAAACCCAAGAAAGCCAACAUUCGGGACAACGGAGACGGGACGUACACGGUGUCCUACGUCCCGGACAUGACGGGCCGUUACACCAUCACCAUCAAGUACGGCGGCGACGAGAUCCCCUACUCGCCUUUCCGCAUCCACGCCCUGCCGGCUGGAGAUGCCAGCAAGUGCCUGGUCACAGUGUCCAUAGGAGGCCACGGAUUGGGCACUUGCUUGGGCCCCACCAUCCAGAUCGGGGAGGAGACGGUGAUCACGGUGGACGCCAAGGCGGCGGGGAAGGGCAAGGUGACGUGCAAGGUCUCCACGCCUGACGGCGCCGAGCUGGACGUGGACGUGGUGGAGAACCACGACGGCACCUUCGACAUCUACUACACCGCCCCGGAGCCUGGCAAAUACAUCAUCACCAUCCGCUUUGGGGGCGAGCAGAUCCCCAACAGCCCCUUCCACGUGGUGGCUACGGAUGAGCCCGUCGCCCCUCCGGAGAGUGUGGACUCCAUGCUACGCCCCUUCAACCUGGUCAUCCCCUUCACUGUGCAGAAGGGGGAGAUCACAGGCGAGGUGCGGAUGCCUUCUGGCAAGACGGCACGGCCUCACAUCACCGACAAUAAGGACGGCACUGUGACGGUGAAGUACGCCCCUGUGGAGAAGGGCCUGCAUGAGAUGGACAUCAAAUACGACGGCAACCACAUCCCAGGGAGCCCGCUGCAGUUCUACGUGGAUGCCCUCAACGCCCGCCACGUGAGCGCUUACGGGCCUGGGCUGAGCCACGGCAUGGUCAACAAGCCAGCAACCUUCACCAUUGUCACCAAGGAUGCCGGCGAAGGAGGCCUGUCCCUGGCGGUGGAGGGCCCCUCCAAGGCCGAGAUCACCUGCAAGGACAACAAGGACGGCACCUGCACCGUCUCCUACCUGCCUACGGCGCCCGGGGAUUACAACAUCAUUGUGCGCUUCGACGACAAGCACAUCCCCGGCAGCCCUUUCACCGCCAAGAUCACAGGUGACGAUUCCAUGCGCACCUCCCAGCUGAACGUGGGCACCUCCACCGACGUGUCCCUGAAGAUCACCGAGAGCGACCUGAGCCUGCUGACGGCCAGCAUCCGGGCGCCCUCCGGCAACGAAGAGCCCUGUUUACUCAAGCGCCUGCCCAACCGGCAUAUCGGGAUCUCCUUCACCCCCAAGGAGGUGGGCGAGCACGUGGUGAGCGUGAAGAAGAGCGGCAAGCACGUCACCAACAGUCCCUUCAAGAUCAUGGUGGGGCAGUCGGAGAUUGGAGACGCCAGCAAGGUGAAGGUGUCCGGCAAGGGCCUGGUGGAGGGGCGCACGUUUGAGAUCUCCGAAUUCAUCGUGGACACACGCACGGCAGGCUACGGUGGUCUUGGCCUGUCCAUCGAAGGCCCCAGCAAGGUGGACAUUAACUGUGAGGAUAUGGAGGACGGGACCUGCAAGGUCACCUACUGCCCUACUGAGCCCGGAAAUUACAUCAUCAACAUCAAGUUUGCGGACAAGCAUGUCCCAGGGAGCCCUUUCACCGUGAAGAUGACGGGCGAAGGGCGCAUGAAGGAGAGCAUCACGCGACGGCGUCAGGCACCCUCCAUUGCCACCAUCGGCAGCACCUGCGACCUGAACCUCAAGAUCCCAGGGAACUGGUUCCAGAUGGUCUCGGCCCAGGAGCGGCUGACGCGCACCUUCACGCGCAGCAGCCACACGUACACGCGCACCGAGCGGACGGAGAUCAGCAAGACGCGCGGCGGCGAGACCAAGCGCGAGGUGCGGGUGGAGGAGUCCACCCAAGUGGGCGGGGACCCCUUCCACAACGUCUUUGGCGACUUCCUAGGCCGCGAGAGCCUCGGCUCCUUCGGCAGCAUCGCCCGGACCCAGGAGGGUGAGGCGGGCUUGCAGGCCAUGACCGCUCAGGUGACCAGCCCGUCGGGAAAGAUGGCCGAAGCAGAAAUCAUCGAGGGGGAGGACAGCGCCUACUCGGUGCGCUUCGUGCCGCAGGAGAUGGGCUCCCACACCGUCAACGUCAAGUACCGCGGCCAGCACGUGCCUGGCAGCCCCUUCCAGUUUACUGUGGGGCCGAUGGGAGAAGGGGGGUCCCACAAAGUGCGAGCAGGAGGCACCGGCCUGGAGCGUGGCGUGGCCGGCGUGCCAGCUGAAUUCAGCAUAUGGACCCGGGAAGCAGGCGCCGGCGGCCUCUCGAUCGCCGUCGAGGGGCCCAGCAAGGCGGAGAUUGCCUUUGAGGACCGGAAAGACGGCUCCUGCGGCGUCUCCUACAUCGUCCAGGAACCAGGUGAUUACGAGGUGUCCAUCAAAUUCAACGAUGAGCACAUCCCUGACAGCCCUUUCGUGGUACCCGUGGCUUCGCUUUCUGAUGAUGCUCGGCGCUUGACAGUCACCAGCCUCCAGGAGACGGGCUUGAAAGUGAACCAGCCGGCUUCCUUCGCGGUGCAACUCAACGGGGCGCGGGGCGUGAUCGACGCCAAGGUGCACACCCCGUCCGGAGUGGUGGAGGAAUGCUACGUCUCCGAACUGGACAGCGACAAAUAUGCCAUCCGCUUCAUCCCUCACGAGAACGGUGUCCACUCAAUCGAUGUCCGGUUCAACGGCCGGCACGUCCCCGGCAGCCCCUUCAACAUCCGCGUUGGCGAGCAGAGCCAGGCUGGUGACCCGGGGCUCGUCACGGCCUUCGGUCCAGGGCUGGAGGGCGGAACCACAGGCGUCUCUUCCGAGUUCCUUGUGAAGACGCGGAACGCGGGCUCCGGCGCCCUCUCCGUCACCAUUGACGGGCCCUCCAAGGUGCAGAUGGACUGCCAGGAGUGCCCCGAGGGGCACAAGGUCACCUACAUGCCCAUGGCGCCCGGGAGCUACCUCAUCUCCAUCAAGUACGGAGGGCCUCAGCACAUCGUCGGCAGCCCCUUCAAGGCCAAGGUCACAGGGCCCCGGCUCUCCGGCGGGCACAGCCUCCACGAGACGUCGACGGUGCUGGUGGAGACGGUCACCAAGGCCUCGUCGUCGGUGGCCGGCAGCUACAGCGCCCUGCCCAAGUUCUCGUCCGACGCCAGCAAGGUGGUGGCCCGGGGGCCUGGGCUAACCAAGGCCUUUGUGGGCCAGAAGAACACCUUCACGGUAGACUGCAGCAAGGCCGGCACCAACAUGCUGAUGGUGGGCGUUCACGGCCCCAAGACGCCCUGCGAGGAGGUUUACGUCAAGCACAUGGGCAACCGCGUCUACAACGUCACCUACACCGUCAAGGAGAAGGGCGACUACAUCCUCAUCGUCAAAUGGGGGGACGAGGGCGUGCCAGGAAGCCCCUACCAAGUCAAUGUGCCCUAA